AUGGCACAGGACGGGGUGGCCGAGGCCCUGCCAAGCCCAAGGGGCGCUGGAGAUAAGCGGGUUUCGGGCCCGGCGAGCAAACACCAGCGCAGCCCAAAGCCAAACCCCUGGCGGAACAAGGAUGAUGAGGCCCCCUGCACGGUAGAGACAGCGCACGGCACAGCAACGUCACCACUCAGCCUCCCACCGCCGCCUGCAGCGUCUGCGCCGCCCUCGUCAGCUGCACCCAGAGUUAUUGACAGAGUUAUUGAUCGGACCAGAGCAGGCAGGGCCGCGGAGCAACGGGGAGCCGUAAAUCCGGACGAGAAGACGCUCGCGGACGAGGACGAGGACGAGGACGAGGACGAGCCCUGCGACGACUACAAAACAAAACACCACCCGCUGCCAGCGCUGCAGCAGUUCUGCGCCACGCCCCUCGGUCUUCUCGUUGCAAACAACGCCAUCAGCCUCUACGCCCUCUUCACCAUGGACACGGUUAUUGAAUGCAGCGGUGGCACCCCCGAGGCAGACCACCUCUGCGUGCUGGUGCAUGGUCUCUGGGGAAACCCAGCACACCUAGCCCAGGUCGCCAAGGCACUGCGUGACCAGUACCCAGUCGACAAGGUCUGGAUCAAGGUCGCCAACCGCAACAGCGGGUCCUUCACCUACGAUGGCAUCGAACUCGGCGGCGAGCGGCUGUGCCUCGAGAUCGAAGAGGAGCUGCAGCUCAUCGAGAGCAAAGGCGGCAAGAUCAAGAAGUUGAGCCUUGUUGGCUACUCGCUUGGUGGUCUGGUUGCUCGCUACGCCAUCGGUUUGCUGCACGCCAAGGGCAUCCUUGACCAGGUCGAGUGCAUGAACUUUACCGCCUUCGCCAGCCCUUUCCUAGGCGUCCGGACGCCUCUUAAGGGAUGGGCAAACCACGUCUGGAACGUCCUGGGCGCCCGCACCCUCUCCAUCUCGGGUCGCCAGCUGUUCGGCAUCGACAAGUUUCGCAACACUGGCCGACCACUGCUCUCAGUUCUGACUGACCCCAACUCCAUCUUCAUGUCGGGCCUGCGCCGAUUCAAGCGCCACACGCUCUACAGCAACAUCGUCAACGAUAGGGCCGCAGUGUACUAUACCACGGGCAUUACCAAGACGGACCCCUACGUCGACCUCGACAAGAUCCGGCCCCGCUACGUGCAGGGAUACGAGGAUGUCAUCCUGGACCCCAUAAGCCCCUUCUCGCCUCGCCCGCCCUCGAGUCAAGGCCCUGACCACCAGCCCGGGAGUCGAGCGCUCAAGUGGCUAAAGAGGGUGCCCUUCUUUGUCGCUCUCGCCAUCUUUGUCCCCAUCGGCGUGCUCGCAUUUCUGGUCAACUCUGCCAUCCAGACGGUCCGGUCGUCUAAGCGUGUAAAGGCCCACAACCGCGGGCUCACCGACGUUGACAUAUCCGUCUAUCGGGUGCUUCCGCUGUGGAUUAAAGAGAUGCGCGGUGCCGUCGAGGAUGCCUACGAGAAUCUCAACAGCUCCCAGAAUCAGGAGUUCCUGGGCAGCGCGUCUGAUGAGGACGACAGCGAGACCGAAGGCGCUCCUCCCGCCGCUGUACAAGCCAACGGUGAUAGCACCGGCACGAACGGGACAAGCGGCGCCAAUGGCGCCUCGAAGAAGAGAGAUAGUGAAAAGAGGUGCAACGGUGAUGCCGGGGCGGCAGCGGCCGCCGAAGUCACACCCGAGGAGGAGGAGGAGGCCGAGGGCGAGGCCAUCCUGGCCCUGGAGCGCAAACAGAGCCACCCGGGGCAACCCACGCUGGCGCUGGCCCCCUACCAGUUCAAGAUGAUCGAGUCGCUCGACACGCUCAAGUGGCACAAGUACCCUGUCUGGAUCCACAAGAACAACCACAGCCACGCCGCCAUCAUCGUCAGGACCGUCAAGCCCAGCUUCGACGAGGGAUAUGUUGUGCUCCGCCACUGGCUGAACGAGGAGUUUAUCAUUUAACUGUGGCGGCACCGCCAACUAAUAUCUGUUCCUAUAUCAGUGUUGGCCUUAAUCUUUUUUUUGCAUUUCUCUACAGCCUUCCCCCUUUCGUUCCUUUUCAUCUUUGCAUGUCUUUGGGUGUUGGAGUGAUACCCAGGAAUUUCGGAGCGCUGUUUUUGCAGACAGUUUCUUUUUUCGCAUUGAUAGACGCUUGACUUAGAUAAUCUACUAGAACCACCUUCACGGAAAUCUCUAGGCCCCCUUAUGGGUGCCCUGGUAGGGCUUUUGGGGCAAUGAUAGAGCAGCCAUCUGGGAGGUACCUAUUUGACUAUGGCUUUCUCGGACUUGCAUUCACCCAUCCUUGGUGCUAGCGCUGAUGCCCAC